AUGUCUUCGAAAAGUGAAAAAGAUCGAGCCAAACAGAUUCAAGAUCGAUGUCAAAAUAUAUUGAUUCAAUUACUAAAAGAUGAGGACAAUAAAUACUGUGUUGACUGUGACGCCAAGGGUCCUCGAUGGGCGUCAUGGAACCUCGGUAUAUUCCUGUGCAUCCGCUGUGCGGGUAUCCACCGGAACCUGGGGGUGCACAUCUCUAAAGUAAAGAGUGUCAACCUCGACUCCUGGACCGCUGAGCAAGUUGUAUAUCUCCAACAAAUGGGCAACUCGCGCGCCCGAGCAGUAUACGAAGCAAAUCUACCGGAUUCUUUUCGAAGGCCGCAAAAUGAUUCGUCACUGGAAGCCUUCAUCAGAGCCAAGUAUGAACAGAAAAAAUACAUAGCCAAGGAGUGGGUACCGCCCACUAUGCCUAAAGUUAACUGGGAUAAAGAGAUAGAUGAGGAGAUAGAGAAACAAAAACGUAAAAAAAGAGCCACAACAUCAGGUUUGGGACCAUUACCAGCGCCGUCUGGUGACAAGAAAUACAAUAAAUCUGAUGUAAUACCCAGCAUUCCGAAGCCUAAAUCGUCAGUGAGCCCUAAAUUGGGCAGGAACACCCCAACGAGUCAAGCAGACACUAGCAAAACAUCUAAUGGCUCGGCCGAUCUUCUAGGACUUGAUACCACCAAACCUGAACCAAAACCGUCAACAAACGAUGACAUAUUCUCUAGUUUCUUCUCAGCACCAGAAAAACCAGCAGAACCAAAACUAGAAGAAAUCAAAUCUGAUCUAAAAACUGAAGAAGAGAACUUCUUCAAGCAACCCGCUCCAACGGAGAAGGAAAAGUCCAAAUUAACAAAAGACAGUAUUCUAGCCCUAUACAGUCAAACACCGAGUAACACAUUAGCGAGUCAAUUUAAUCCAGUUCAGCCAAUACAACCAGCAUACCCGCAUGCAUUCGGAACUUAUCAGCCGUACAACAAUAUGCCAAUGCAGAACGGAAUGCAAUCUUUCAACCAAUUUCAAUCUAUGCCCAAUCAGUUUCAAGCGUUUCCAAGUCAAAUGCCCCAACAACAAAACCAGCCGUUUCAACAGAAUCAAUUCUUCAAUCAACCACAAACAAACUUGCCUCAACAGUUCAGCGGGCUGAAUCUAGGGCAGUUUCCAAACGCAUUCCCACAAAAACCCAAUGUGGCAAGCAAUACGACCUGGCAA